AAGUACAAUUGACUUCCGUAUUCAGACAAGAAAAAUUCAAGCAAACAAACGUCUAGAAUUCAUUACGUUUGUAUCAAUAUUUAAGCAGAUUAGUUGGUUGUAAAAUCGACUUCAAUUAAGUAACGGAUACAAAUAUUUCAAUUGUAAUAUUUUAAAGAGAACUGGUCUUCGAAAUUCAUGGCGUUUGCAUUUAAACGAAAAAGACAGCCGAUUUGUUUUGUUCGAUUAUUUGAUAAUUGCGGAAAAAGCGGAAUUUUAAUAAAAAAAAGAGAAUAUUAAUUGGGAAAUUGGAAUUUUGUUGCAUUCGACCUGCACUAUACUAGAGCUUCGAUGAGAUCUAUUUGAAUUUAUACGAGAGAACAAGUAUUUUUUAAAAUACACUCAAUUUUACGAUCAUUCUAUGGUAUAAUUGUACGUGCAAAGCACAAUUUUGUAUUAGAUAAUUAGUAGUUAACAUACAAAAAAUGGUGUAUACAUGAUUUUUUUCCAUCACACGACACGGCUCACGAUUUUAAUGCCAACUAUUCAAAAAAAUCAUUUUGUGUAUGGUUUUUUUUUCGGCGAAAAAGUAUUCGAAUCAUUUUAAAUUUAAGAGAUCGAGAACGAGAAGUACUGAUUUCGAGAUAAGAAAAAAUGAGAAACAAACAACGCAAGAGAUAAGCAGAGAGAGAGACAGAAUCAUUGCGAUUUGCCGCGCAUAGAUUUUAAUCAGGCCAAAUUCACGGCUGAUAUCCAAGCAGAGCAGUGUAUCGCUGCUGUUGUCUUCUUCACGUCUCUGUUUUCUGCUUGAACACACACUCACUGCAGUUCCUUUUUAGUGGCCAGGCUUUGUGCAAACGCAGUUUGAUAAACAGUUCGCAUUGUGCAUGCGGGCGAUGAGCAUCAAAUAUUCUCUCAUUUCACAAUUUUGCACAUCGUAAAAAAAUAGACACAUUUUUUUUGGCAUGAAACAAGAAAACAAUAUUUUCGUCGACUGAAUAAGCUGCGCUAAUUACUAGAAUAUACAUAUAGACACUUUUUUGUGAUUUUCUUCAAAUAAAUGCAAUCAUCCUGUUGCUACUAUAAACAUAAUAGGAAUUUGUCGAUGAUUGACUGUGUUUAGACUGUUGAAUACACUGUGUUACUACAUGGUAACUGAAAUGGAAAGUCGUAAUCGUUCGUAAAUAAACGAGAUAAUUAACAAAACGAAACAAAAAAAAUGAUUUUAAAAAAUCAAUUUGGUUGAAUUUCCAUUUCCAAAGAUCAAUUACGAAAUAUCAGUGGUCAAGUGCUUCAUGGCCGUGAAGCAUCAAAAUAAUAAAAUAACAGAUACUGAAAUGGUUCAAGAGCAAGAAAGAAAUAUUCCCAAAAAGUGAAGAAAAAGCAAUAAACAAUAUCGUUUUAUUUUCAUUGGCGCCAAAGCGUCAAUUUUAAAGUGCGUAACCCAUGUAAGCGGGCUAGAAAAAGAGACGAAAAAAAAUCAACAGUUAUUCAAGCGGAAAAUUUUUUGUUGUAUAAAAAUAUCAAGCAUCAGAAGAUUUUUAGCACGCAAUUGUGAUGCCCCAUCCAAACACAUCAAAGUUGUUUAUAAUUGAAGGAACAAAAAAGUAUGACACCAUUCAACCACACCAUCAAUAAAUUUGUUAAGUAUAGAAGAGAAAUAAAAAUGAAUCGUGGAUAGUGCAUUGUGUGUUCAUUUAAUAUAUUUUAUAGACUACUAAAAAUGAGAUGAAAAAAAGGAAAAAAAGCAUCGUUCAUUGGAGAAGUGAGAAAUUCGGAAAAUUAUCACCACUUUGGUGUUCGACAGAAGGCAGAGAGAAAAGAAUAGAAAAAACGAACGAUGAAUUUAACUAUAAUUACGGCGAUGGAUCAAAUGUCAAAUGGUAGUGUGAUUGCUGGUUCAAUUGAAAAUAAAUCAUUGUCGAAUGGUAACUAUGUGGAUCAUGCACCACAAUUAACACGUGCUGCAUUAAUUCGUGUCUAUGUACUGGUCAUACUUGGCAUCAUAUCGUUGGUGGGCAAUAUUGCCAUACUGUUUCACAUAGCCAAGACGAGAUCGACACGCCGAAAAUCGCGCCACACAUGGAGUGCCAUUUUUACAUUAAUUUUGCAUUUAUCAAUUGCCGAUCUACUUGUGACUGUAUUUUGUAUAUUUGGCGAAGCCGCAUGGAGUUAUACGGUGGAAUGGAUAGCCGGCGAAUUGGCGUGUAAGCUUGUGAAAUGGUUUCAAAUGUUUGCAUUGUAUUUGUCAACUUAUGUAUUAGUUUUGAUUGGUAUUGAUCGUUGGGUCGCUGUAAAAUAUCCUAUGAAAUCAUUGAAUAUGGCCAAACGUUGUCACCGACUCCUUAUCUGCUCCUACAUUCUUUCAUUAAUUAUGAGUCUGCCACAGUUUCACAUUUUCACGGUGACUCGCGGCCCAUUCAUUGAAGAGUUCUAUCAAUGCGUAACAUACGGUUCAUAUUCAGCACCUUGGCAAGAGCAACUUUAUACAAUGUUUACGCUCGUGUUCAUGUUCCUCAUUCCACUUGGCAUUUUGCUGCUUACUUAUGUAUCAACAAUAAAAACAAUCUCAGACAGUGAGAAAAUCUUUCAAGUAAAUGAAACGUCAAAUGAACAGGAUCGAAAAUUGAAUAAUCGACAGAGACUAAUCCAUCGAGCAAAAAUGAAAUCGUUGAGAAUAUCGGUGGCAAUUGUGGCUGCUUUCAUCAUAUGCUGGACACCGUAUUAUGUGCUCAUGCUUAUUUUUAUGUUCAUGAAUCCCGAUGAACGGUUUGGCGAUGAAUUGAUGUCAGCAAUAUUCUUCUUUGGUAUGUCAAAUAGUGUCGUGAAUCCAAUUAUUUAUGGUGCAUUUUCACUGUGGCCGGGACGAAAUCGCAAUAGAAAAAAGAACGGCACUUUUAACAAUAACCGCAAUAGUUUUACAAGAGACUAUUCACAAAGUCAAAAAGGAGUGGUGACUUCAAUGACCACUGUGAUCGAACCAUCUCGUCGAAUUUCGAGAAUUCAGAACAACGGACACAAUAUACAAUUUCCAAAUAUUAAAUACCACCGCGAAGUUCCAAUCACAUCACCAAAUCAUGUAAGAGACACAAAUUUCUAAGUAUUUAUUUUUAAAUUAUGUAAAGCAUACGAGUCAAUAAACUUCAGCUCAGUACACAUUUUUAUAAUAUAACAUAUUUAUUACCAUAUAGUAAAUUAAGUACCAUUCGAAUGCGAUUUUAUUAGAUAUUGUU